AUGGCCAAACGCACCAAGAAGGUCAAAAUCGUCAGUAAACAUGGGACACUUUAUGGUGCCUCCUUCAGGAAAAUGGUGAAGAAGAUUGAAAUCAGCCAGCACGCCAAGCAAACUUGCUCCUUCUGUGGGAGAACCAAGAUGAAGAGGCGAGCUGUGGGGAUCUGGCACUGUGGUUCCUGCAUAAAAACAGUAGCCGGGCGUGUCUGGACCUACAACACCAGUUCUGCCAUCACACUGAAGUCUGCCAUCCGAAGACUGAAGGAAUUGAAAGACCAGUAG